UUGGCCGGGGAACUGGUCGUGGUUAACGUAUGGCGACCUGUCUCUUUAACCAGGACCCAGUGAGGUUUUAAAAGACAGAAAUUUCGUCUUAGUAUGCAAUGUUUGUUAGAGACAAUCUGUUAGCGAUUUCCAGCACGAUCAAUGCCUGUACGCUGACAUAUAUCGUGGGAUGUCGUCUCAUGGAAUUUCUUUCAAAGAGGUACCAAGAAAAAUUCAAAUGUGUCAAGCAUUUGACGGAAUUACACACUCGAAAACCUUGGUUGGCGGGAAAAGUACUGACGGAACAGCUGCUGCUGGUUAUUCUCUGCAUUCUGUCCGUCACUGCACUCGGCACAUCGUCUGCUGCGGAACUUCCUUUCGUUGGGACAGACGGCCAAGCCCUCGAGUUCGUUCCUCGUCUAGUUAUGUGCAUCAACAUCGGCCGCUACGUGUUCAUGUCCCUGCAAGACUUGUAUCUCCUACAACAUCUACAGAACUUCAAAACCGACCUCAUCCACCACGUCGUCACCGUGGCAGCGUGCUCCGUCUUCCUGGCUUACGAACAAAACAUCUUCCUCAGCAUCGCCACUCCGCUCAUGGAGGUCAACCUCAUUUUUCUUACCACCGGCAGAAUCAUGAGAGACGUGCCGGAAUAUAGAGACUCGAAGAUAAACCGGAACACGACCGUGCUGGGCUGCGCCGUGACAAUGGUGUGUCGCGGAGUGCUUCCGGUGAUAUUCCUCGCCAUUGCAGUGAAACACGACAGUCCGUUCAGCAUGAAGGUUGUGCCGCUCACAUUGUUCUUCUUGUGUAUCGUGUUCUUCUUCGUGAUUAACUUUUGGAUGAUCUUUCAGACUGCUAGUCGCGUUGUGAAAUUGUGGGUCGGUGACAGGGAAACCCAGUCCUCUACCCCGGGAACUGUCCUGAACAACCCCACGGAACCGCAGCUGUAUGACGUAACGAUCGGCGCCGUCGACGGACAGGGCGUGGCGAAGCCAUUUCCUCUUUCCAAUGUUAAUUACGGGUUUGUGAAGAGUUACGACAACAGAAACUUGUGUAAUAACGAUAACGAAAAGAUGAAUUUUGGUAUGAAAAAAUUAACGAAACAUAAUAUCAUUACCGACCUUACAGACAUGGUUUCGUAUUCCAAAGUGCCCAAUUCGCCUUCGCGAGUGACGUAUCCAGCAGAAACUGAUGACGUUUUACACAACCCUGGAAGUAUUUGCACAAACAGCGAUGAUAUUUCUAUCAGAGACCCUCCGGAAAACCUAGACCUACAUGUAAGUGCACCUCGUACAUUUUCUCAGUUUCGUUUUUCUCCUUUAAACCAAAGCGUCCAGAGCAAGUCUUCGGACAUUUCGGACCAAUCUACGUCAUCGGCGUCUGCUCUGGUGGAACAACGAAGUGUGACAGAAAACGUUCAUAGUUCAUCGUGUGAGAUAACUUACGAACUUGGAUCACCGGAUAGUUCUUGACAAAAAAAAACCCAAACAAAACAACAUGAAAAAAAAAACACGUGUCAGAAAGAUUAAAUCUACUAUGUCUAGAUUUCUGUCAGUAGAACUGAUCUCGGCCAACCUUUCAUUUCAUUUCAACAUAUUUCCGUGCUUAUAUCCAAGUAAGGUUCAAGCACGCUGUCCUGGGCAUACACCUCAGCUAUCUGGACAGUGGUUAGUUGUUAGCAAGAGAGAAGAAGGUGUAGUGGUCUACCCACUGAGUCGUUAAAACUCGCUGUGGGUGGGAGACGGUAUCGGGCUGCGAACCCUGUAGCUAACAGCCUUACAGUCCGAUGUUAUCCACGACACCACCGAGGCCUGUAGAGCCAACGGUAUCCCAUGUCCAGAUAACCUUUCACUGGAACAAUGAAAACUCCGCUAUCAGGCUGUUACAAACCUGUAAAGCAACUUAACACACUGGAAUGACUGUUGAUGAAGAUGUGUUACCUGGACAUGGAAUGACAUUGGCUCAUAUCAGAUCCACUUAGACAAUAAGGUUUGAUUAUUGUCGACUUGGAUAACAUGGCACAUCUCAGAAUCACGUUAUUGUAUUUGUGUUCACUUAUUUACAGUAUUUGAGUGUUUUACUUGUUAUAUAUUGUGCGCGUCAUUGUUAUGAAAUAUUGACGUUUGAAAGUAAACGUAUGUUUCAAAAUAUCA